AUGCUAUCAUAUUUUUUGAAAAUUGCCAAAUUGAAAUUUCAAAUUUAGAUUGUAAGUUAGCAUAGAUAUAAAAAUUUUUUUCAUUUGAUUUCAAACACAUAACUUAAAACUUAAAAAAGUGAAUUAAUGAUUUCUAUUGUUUAACUAAAGAUAAUUAGGAUCAAACUGAAUCAAGAAAAAUAGGAUGGAAUUCCUAUUUUUCAGAUAUAAAUAAUAAAAUUGCAGCUGGUAAUUUGUGGAGGAAUGUAUAAAUAACUUAAUAAUUAUUUUUGCAGAGCAAAUAAGUUAGAUCUAAUCUUCUAAUUAACAAUCAAAUCAAAAGAUAUAUAUGUGAAAAGCAUUUCUGGCUUUAAUUCUCUCUUUUUUUAAGAAAUCGAAAUGAUUUAUAAUAUUGGAUCAGACUUUUCAAAUGUAAUAAUCACUUUUGAAAUUGAACAGUUUAAAAUUUUUAAAAUAAUCAAUAGUAUUUGCUAUUAGAAUAGUGAGAAACAAAAGGCUGCUUCUAUUUUUUAGUCUAAAAUUUGA